GCCAACUGUACGGAGAGGGAAGAAACUUUGAGACAAAUGUAGGAAUCGCAACGAGAGAAAGCAGGACUUUCAGCAGCAGCAGCACGGAGGGAGGCAGAACAAGGAUAUCUUAUCUGGGGUGAUCCCUCGUCGCAAUCUCUCACGGUCUGACACUCUCUCUGUCUCUCUCUCUUUUUUUUCUCUCUCUCUCAGACAGAGGAGUGGAGCAGCAGUGUGAUAAACAGAGUCGUACUGGAACCGUGUAGCAGCCGCAGCUCUAUUCUGUUUUCUAUCCAUUAACCUUUUCCUUGUAUUUCUCACCUGCGGACCCCGGUUGAGAUGGCAGAGACACACUGAUUGACUGGAGGAACCUGUGGAGAGACUAAAGGAUCUCACUCCACACACCUGAGUGUCCAGAGGACUGKUCCUAAUUGACCACAGGGGAAGGAUUAAGGGACUAGGAUGGUACCUGGAGGAGCCACCAGAACAUAACAUCUGACGCAGAACUUUUAGGACACUCAAGGAAAGUAUCCUGACACUACCAAAGCUGCCAGAGGUGUAUAAUCCAUAUAAUAGUCUACAAUUGUCCAUUCWUAUCAAAAGCAAAAGUACAAGAGGAACUGGAGAGAGAAGUAUGGGACGUUGGGCCCGUGGUGGAGUGWCUCCUGGUUGGUUCCCAGGGSCCCGAUGAGUGGCAGCAGCRAUAGCACCAGCCUGCUACGGGGCCGCCGCUUCUACUGCCGGGAAUGGGCCCUGGAAAAGCUCCGGCGCUGUCUGGAGGCCAGGUCCACUCCCGGCCGGCCCCCGGGGGUCCUGGUAACUGGGGGGCCCGGGGCAGGGAAGACAGCCCUAUGCACGGAGGCAGUAUGGCCCACAUCGGACGCAGGGCUGGGGGUCGGGCUGGCACCCCGCUGUUUGGGGUUUCACUUCUGCCAGCGGGAGGAUGYGAGGAGCAUGGCGGUGUGGAGGUUUGUCCUGGGCCUGGUGGAUCAGCUGAGGGUCAGCCCCCUCCUCCCCCUGGGGUACAGGGACACACUGGARAKCCCCUUGGUGGCUCCCACCUUGGAGCCCCUACACUGCCAGAGGGACCCGGAUGACACCUUCAAAAGGGCAGUGUUAUUGCCUUUGCUGGGCCUCCCUCCUCCAGGGCAGCCCUUGUUUCUGGUUGUGGACUCCCUGGACUCGGGGUGUGAGUAUGGGGUCGGUGAUGGGUCCUGCAGUGCUGGGGCUCCAGGGAGGUACAGCUCUAUCUCAGAGCUCCUGUCUAGCCACCAGCACCUCUUCCCCAGCUGGCUGCUCCUGGUCUGCUCUGUACGCAGACAGAACAAGMCUGUGUGUAAGAUGUUCUCAGGUUUCCGUAAGCUGUGUCUGGAUGACCUGCGGAAGCCGGCGCCAGUGCGGGACGUGCAGCAGUACAUCUUGCGGAGGCUGGACCAGGAAGGGGCGCUCCGCCGUCAGCUGACCCCCGAGACAGCCGACAUGCUCAACCUGCUGCACAUCAAGAGUGGCGGCUGCUUCCUGUUUCUGGAGCAGGUGCUAGACGGCGUGGCGGGCGCCUUGGUUGGGCUCCGGGAGAUCCGAGACAUCCCCGGGACCCUCAACGGCCUCUACCUGUGGCUCUGCCAGAGACUCUUCCCCAGGUGCCUGUUCCUUGAGGUCAGGCCCCUCCUCAACGCCCUCCUAGCCUCCCCUAGGCCCUUCACUACCCAGGAGAUCUACACCGCCACCUGGACCCAAGACAUGUCCCUCAGCCCUAUGGACUUCCAGAGCAGGCUAAAGGCUCUGUCUACACUGCUCAUUGAUGGGCCGGGAGGCAGCAAGCUUCUGUUCCAUGCUAGUUUUGCAGAGUGGCUGACGGACGUGAAGUARUGCACCCAGAAGUAUCUGUGUAGCGUGUCUGAGGGACACACCAUGCUGGCCAUGGCUCUCACCCUGCGCGCCCCACACCUUAACACAGAGGACACCUGUCAGAUGGGCUCYCACCUGAUCAGCUCAGGCAUGCACAAGGACAAACCUGCCCUCCUGGCCCUAUGGCUGUUGUGGGCAGAUGUGCCCCCUCUGGCUAGCUCCUCAUACCCCUCUUCCCCUGCRUCUCAGCCCCCUGUCCUGGUCAAGCAGGAGGUCCUCCAGCUGCUGAUGAAGAGUGGGGUGUUCCCUCCCUCCUGCGCCCCAGACAGAGGCCCCAGCACGGGGGUACACUGUGCAGGACAAGGGGGGACCAUCAUCCGGCGGGUGCUGGAGAGGCAGGACUCAAUGAGGGUGCUCUUGGACAGCGGGGUCAGUGUGAACCGGACCGACCCCACAGACGGAUGCACCCUGCUGGCCAGCGCGGCCCACGCAGGCUCAGCCGACGUGGCCGRCCUGCUCCUGUCCCGAGGGGCUGACCCUCUGAUCAGUGACCACCAGGGCCAGACACCCCUGACGCUGUCUGCCAGGCAGGGCCAUGUUAAGGUGCUGGGGAUGCUGCUGGACUGGGCCAGGGGUCAGCAGCCGGAGGCCGCCYUGAGGAUGGUGGAACACGCGGACAGCGAGGGCUGGACAGCCUUACGGUCAGCGGCCUGGGGGGGUCACACUGAGGCAGUGCACCUGCUGCUAGAUGCGGGGGCGAACGUGGACGGGUGUGAUGCAGAGGGCCGGUCGGCGCUGAGGGCGGCAGCCUGGGGGGGUCAUGAGGAGAUCCUCCUCACACUGCUGGACUACAAAGCGCAGGUGGACAUGGCAGACCGGGAGGGCCGRACGCCACUGAUCGCUGCCGCCUACAUGGGACACAGGGAGGCAGUAGAGAUCCUGCUAGACCACUGUGCAGAGGUCGACCUGGCCGAUGGAGACGGACGUACUGCCUUGUCCGUGGCUGCGCUCUGUGUGCCCACAGCAGCCGGGGUCAAAGGUUAUGGAGACGUGGCCAGCCUGCUGUUGGAGAGAGGGGCUGACCCGGGGCACAGGGACAGGAAUGGGAUGACCCCUCUSCUGCUGGCYGCGUAUGAAGGUCACGAGGAGGUGGUAGAACUGUUAUUAGAGGCUGGGGCCGACGUAGACGAGAGUGCCGGGCCACAUGCCGCCGCCGCUUCUGCUSCUGUCACCCCGCUGUUGGCGGCUGCCGCCAUGGGCCAUACUAAYACAGUGGGCAGGGUGCUGUUCUGGGGCGCUACGGUGGAUAGCAUCGAUGGGGAGGGUCGUACAGCUCUGAGCCUGGCAGCAGCACAGGGCAGCGUGGAGGUGGUCAGAGCUCUCCUGGACCGAGGGCUGGAUGAGAACCAUAAAGAUGAUCUGGGCUGGACCCCGCUGCACGCCGCCGCCUGCGAGGGCCACCGGGGGAUCUGUGCCAUCCUGAUGGAGAGUGGGAGCAUGGCUCGUGUCGGAGAGAUGGACAUCGAGGGACGGACGCCCCUCAUCUUGGCUGCGCAGGAGGGCCACUGUGGCACYGUGAGGCUGCUGCUGGACCACCGCUCACCCAUCGACCACCGGGCGUACGACGGCCACUCUGCGCUGAGCGCCGCCGCCCUGGAGGGCCACGCUGAGGUGGUGGAGCUACUGAUGAGGCGGGGCACGGACACGGACGUACGGGACGCAGAGGGCCGUCCGCUGCUCUACCUCCUGGUUCUGGAGGGACAUCUGGACAUGGCUGCCCUCCUCAUAGAGAAAGGGGGUGUGCCCUUGGAGUCCCGGGACAUGGAGGGGCGUACGGCGCUGCACGUGGCCACCUGGCAGGGCAACCUGGAGGCGGUGGGGCUGCUGGUGAGCCAUGGGGCGGACCCUAAUGCCCAGGAUGGGGAGGGACGACCCCCCCUGCACUCRGUAGCCUGGCGSGGUCAUGUGGCGCCUGGUUGUCUYCUCCUGGAGGUCAGSGGGGUCAACGUGGAUCUGGCCUGCCGCCAGCAGGGGGCCACGGCACUUAGCAUCGCGGCUCAGGAGGGCCACGCCAACAUUGUGGCUAUGCUGCUGGAGAGAGGAGCCAACCCAGACCACAUAGACAAGUACGGCCGCAGCCCCGUCAAGGUAGCCGGAAAGCGGAGCCACUUCACCAUCGUCAGGAUGCUGGAGAGCUACGGAGCCAAACCGUACUCAGGCCUUCUGCCCCAAUCGAACACCCGGUCGCCCAAGUCAUCCACUGUGAAGAUCCUGUACUCAACCUGCUCAGAGAGUAACGAGGCUGGCGCCUCCACCUCCUCAGCCUCGGCCUCCUCAGCCUCGUCCUCCUCAGCCUCGGCCUCCUGCUCCCCAGGCUCCACAGCCGAGCACUUCCACUCCAUCCAGAGCUCCCAGACAUCCUCCUCAACAGCCCACUCCCUGGCCACGGUGCAGACCGUCCCCGCUGACAGCCUGUCUUUCACCCAGCAGAUCCAGCAGCACUCCCUCCCCCGCAGCCGAUUUCGGCAUUCCACCCUGCCUCCGCCAGACUCCGCCCUUGGCAGCCUGCACAGCAGCAGCCGCAGGGCCCGAUGCCCUAAGGCCAGCCCUCCUCCACCCACCCUCUGCACAYUCACGGCCACGGUACAUGACWCUGAGCAGCCUUACAAAGGCUGCCCAAUAGGGUUCGACUAUCCCAGUAAACACAAACCCCCCUGCCUGAUCCAGGAGGAGAGGUCUCAGUACGAAGGGGGGAGGUGGAACUCUGUCAUGGCUUCUCUAGGGGUGACGCCUGGACAAGAUGGCCCCAAAAACAGGAACUGUCUCCCUAUGGGCUACCCRUACGAGCUCCAGAGCCCGGCCCAGAGAGYGACARGGGAGGAGAACCAGAAGAUGUCUAUAAAGUCCAGUAGUGCCUUAUCUSCUSCCUGCAUGGUGGUCAUGACGACCACGGACCCCCAGCUCAACCUGAAACAGGCCAUCAAGCUGCAGUUUGAAGGGCCCACCAGCGCUGCCUUAUACAAGAGGGAGACGCCCCUGUGAACUACUGACACCUACGGUUCUAAGUGGACGAGGGACAUUUUCACAGUGAAUAAGGCUCUUACAGGGCAGAUGAUCUCUCCCUCUACCCUCUGGUCAUCCCCCCUCUCACUCCUCACCCUAAGCAGAAAAGAUGAAGAGAGGAAGGGAUAUCUCUGCUCCACCCUCUGGUCAUCCCACCCUCUCCGCUCCACCCUCAGCAGAGAAGAUGAGAGAGGAAGGGAUCUCUCCGCUCCACCCUCUGGU